CAGGCUCAGCUCCCCACUCACUUCCCCCCGGCAGCGGAGGCGGUGGGUGGAUGCGGCAGCUGGGGCACGGCGCGGCGCUCGGACGGGGCAGCCGCUGGGAUCGCUGAGCCCCGCUGCGGCCCCGCUCCAGGCGGCGGAGAACAGGAAGAAGAGGGUUUUGCCAUAUUUAGAUGACAAGCGGAUCUGCCAGACGCUAGGGUUGUGGGGGACAGUCAUGCAUUUACAGAGACUCCUUCUGACUGUUGCAGUCACCCACUACUUCUGCACAGCGCGGGGGGAUGGACUCGCGUCUCUCCAAAUUGCCUGAGAGUCCAGAGUUUUAAAGGCAGCCCAGCCCUAGGAACAGUGACAAUGAGAGACAGCCGUGACAUUGCUCCAUGUUUUCUACAGAUGUGAUGAAAAGAAAAACCCAUCUAGUUAGAGACUGACCUUGUCUAGCAGUAAAAUUCCAUUUACAGGAUCUGUCAUGUCACCCUUUCUUCGGAUUGGCUUAUCAAAUUAUGACAGCGGCCCCUAUCUGCCAUCACAAGGGGAGGUGAUUAAUCCUUAUUGUGCGGUGAUGGUCAAAGAAGCAGAGGAAACAGAGAAUGGCCAGGUGUACGUCCAAAAGAAGCCCACCAUGUACCCACCCUGGAACAGCACGUUCGAUGCCCAUAUCAACAAGGGUAGGGUCAUGCACAUCGUUGUGAAGGACAAAAGCGCGGAAAUGGUUUCAGAAACCACCGUCGAACUCAACGUACUGGCGGACAGGUGCAAGAAGACCAAUGGGAAGACAGAAAUAUGGCUAGAAUUGAAACCUCAAGGGAGAAUGCUAAUGAAUGCAAGAUAUUUCCUGGAAAUGAGUGAUGCUAAAGAGCUGAUUGACUGCGAGACAGAGGGGUUUUUCUCCUUGCAUCAGCGCCGGGGAGCUAUCAAGCAAGCCAAAAUUCACAACGUCAAAUGUCACGAGUUCACUGCUACCUUUUUCCCGCAACCCACAUUCUGCUCUGUCUGCCAUGAGUUCGUCUGGGGUCUUAACAAACAAGGCUACCAGUGCAGGCAAUGCAAUGCUGCCAUUCAUAAGAAGUGUAUUGAUAAAGUAAUAGCUAAGUGCACAGGGUCAGCAAUCAACAGCAGAGAAACAAUGUUCCACAAGGAGAGGUUUAAGAUAGAUAUGCCUCACCGGUUUAAGGUCUACAACUAUAAGAGCCCGACAUUCUGCGAGCACUGUGGCACGCUUCUUUGGGGCCUGGCGAGGCAAGGGUUGAAGUGUGACGCAUGUGGCAUGAACGUCCAUCACAAGUGCCAGACAAAAGUGGCAAACCUUUGUGGAGUUAACCAGAAACUAAUGGCCGAAGCACUGGCAAUGAUAGAGAGCACCCAGCAGGCUCGCUGUUUGCGUGACACUGAACAGAUCUUCAGAGAAGGACCUAUUGAAAUUGGCCUUCCCAUUCCUAUGAAAGAAGUAACUCUGCUUCACACUGUGCCAGCACCUGCAACUGGGAAAAGAGAGCCACAGGGAAUCUCCUGGGAGACGCCGGUGGAAGACGUGACAAGCCCCGAGUCUCUCAUAGAAUCAGAACCAGGGAAAGACCAGAAGUCUGAGCAGCUGAAAUUAACAAUCGACGAUUUUGUCUUACACAAAAUGUUGGGAAAGGGAAGCUUUGGCAAGGUCUUCCUUGCUGAGUUAAAGAACACGGAUCAGUUUUUCGCUGUGAAGGCUCUGAAGAAGGAUGUGGUUUUGAUGGAUGAUGACGUCGAAUGCACCAUGGUGGAAAAGAGAGUCCUCUCCUUAGCUUGGGAGCACCCGUUUCUAACCCAUGUGUAUUGUACAUUCCAAACCAAGGAAAACCUCUUUUUUGUAAUGGAAUAUCUAAAUGGAGGAGACUUAAUGUUUCAUAUCCAAAGCUGUCACAAGUUUGACACCGCCAGAGCAACGUUCUAUGCUGCUGAAAUCAUUUGUGGUCUGCAAUUUCUUCAUUCUAAGGGAAUAAUAUACAGAGAUUUGAAGCUGGAUAACGUUCUGUUAGACAAGGACGGGCAUAUCAAAAUCGCUGACUUUGGGAUGUGUAAGGAGAACAUGUUUGAAGAUGCAAAGACAAGCACUUUCUGUGGAACCCCUGAUUACAUUGCUCCCGAGAUUUUGCUGGGACAGAAAUACAACACUGCAGUUGACUGGUGGUCCUUUGGUGUCCUUCUGUAUGAGAUGCUGAUUGGCCAGUCUCCUUUCCAUGGCCAAGAUGAAGAGGAGCUUUUCCAGUCCAUCCGCAUGGAUAAUCCAUUCUACCCUCGCUGGCUCAAUAAGGAUGCAAAAGACAUCCUAGUGAAGCUUUUCGUGAGAGAACCUGAGAGGCGGCUCGGAGCAAAGGGGAACAUCCGCCAGCAUGCCUUUUUCCAGGAGAUAAACUGGGAGGUUCUAGAAGAGCGGGCGAUGGAGCCACCAUUCAAACCCAGAGUGAAAUCCGCAAGUGACUGUAGCAACUUUGACAAGGAGUUUCUCAAUGAAAAACCUAGACUGUCGUGUGCAGACAGAGCGCUGAUUAACAGCAUGGACCAGAAUAUGUUCAGCAACUUUUCAUUUGUGAACCCUAAAAUGGAGAGGAUGUUAUCCUGAGAUCUGCCCUCCCCAGCACCUUCCUUGCUAAAGGAAUUCUGAGAAUUGAUUUGAGUAACACUUCUAUCAACUGAAAACCAAGAAUGGUUCAUUUGGACGAGGACCUGAACAGAAGCACUCACCAGUGAAAACUGAUACCGUGUUUGUGGGUUUCCACCUGGUGGUAUCCUGUAGCAGAUGCCAAACGUACUUCACUAAUGACCAACUCUCUUUCUGGUCUCUCUCUCUCUUUUCUGGAUGCUCUUGAAUUUGAAGGCAAUAGAAAAGGAGUAGGUACAAAAUACUGUCACCUUAUUCACACACAUAGCCGGUGGGACUCCUCGUGUGAGUAAGACAACCGCAUUUCGGCCCUAGCGGUGCGUCUCAGAUUUGCUACUCCAGUGUCCAGUCCUGAUGUUCUUAUUGAGGCAAAACUUCCAUUGAGUAAAGGGUUUGUGUUCAAGAAUUGGAUCUCCUAGAAGGCUACCUUUCCAGGUAGGUCUCUUUUCAGCCCCCAGCUGUGCACCUGUAAAAUUGUACGUACACCUCCGUGCACUUGGCGAAGAGGAACACCGGCCUGCACUCUUUAAAAACGCCUUGAUCUAGGCAAGAGUUAGAAUUUGCCCUCACAAAAUAGCCUUGGCACAGACGGGCUUUACGGGUGCAAAUUCCAGUCCUUGCAUGCACAGAAAUGUUCGAUUUGCCUAGGUGCGCAGGCAGGGAUUUACACUUGCGCAGGCUGGGGACAUGUAGACGUGGUCUUCAAACCACAGACUAAACAUCUCGCCCUAGGUCAAUGCACUGAGGCUCAGCUCUGAGCUUUAUUCAUCGCCUCUGCAUUGUAUGGGCGUGGCUGUGCUUCAACCGGGGGGUGUGAUUGGCAGCUCGAGGAGACGUACCCACGCUAGCUCUGCCUGAGCUAGUGCGCUCAACUUAGAGCAUGGCUGGGGCACCGCAAGCAGCGCGAGGAUCGAGCUGCCCCAAGUUCACGCCUAGCAUCUCAGCCAUGUACACACUCAGGUAGGCCAUCCCCCCUCCCCAGUCGCUCACAGCACUGCAUCUGCACUCUAUUUUUAGCCCGCCAGCUCCAUCAAAGCUAGUGUGGCUGGGUCUCCUUGAGCUGCGAAUCACACCCUCAUCUCCAAAGGUAGACGUACCCUAUGGGUGUUCGUUCACACAGGACUCUCUAAAUCAGGGCUUCUCAGGACAAAUUUUUUGGUGGCCUCAGCGUGCGGCCACCAACUCUUGCUGGUGGCCGCUCUCACACUUUUUCCUAAAAUGCUUAAUUAGCUUUAAGAAAAACAAUUAAAUAUGCACCUAUGCAAGUCCAUAUCGUUAUAAUGUAUUUAUUGCUAGCUAGUAAGUCCGUUGUGAAAAGUGAUAUUAACCUACAAAUAUCUCUUUUCACAGCAGACUUACUCAGCCCUGCCAAGCCUGGGAACAAAGUAAGGCCUGGAUGAGGGGCUAGGGAGAGGUGGGGGGGUAGAGCCUGAAACCCUGCUAGCCCACCACCCCAGGACUGAAGUCCGAAGCCUGAGCCCCACCACCCUUGGGAAGGUGGGGAACUCACCGGCUGCCUGCUCCUCCAGCAUUGUGCCCCACGUGUCUCCAAAGGGGGCCAGGGCCCAACCCCUGCUGACAGCCCCAGCAACCAACACCAAGGUGGUGCAUCCAGGAGCAACAGGGAGAGGGAGGGGCUGUUACUCCCCACACACAGAGCCCAGGGGCUGUGGCCGCAAGAAAAGCCCCUGGUGGCCAAGUUUGGGAAAUGCUGCUCUAAACUCCUGUCCCAGCAUCAGGGUAAGAUCUGGGCUGAGUUCUCUUUGGGGGAGUCUCUUCUUAGAAUCAUAGAACAUCAGGGUUGGAAGGGACCUCAGGAGGUCAUCUAGUCCAACCCUCUGCUCAAAGCAGGACCAAUCCCCAGACAGAUUUUUGCCCCAGAUCCCCAAAUGGUCCCCUCAAGGAUUGAGCUCACAAGCCUGGGUUUAGCAGGACAAUACUCCCCCUGCCUAACACCUGGUCAGGAUUAUGGAGAGACUCUCCCCAAAACAUUAUUUAGGGAUUUCAAGAUUGGGCCUCCAGUCAUUGCCCUGCAGGUAUUAACUUGAAAGAUAGUAUUCAGUACUUUCAAAGACUGAACAACUUAAUACUGCUACAAAUGAUGCUGCCCCUGCUCUUUGGUAUUCAGCAGGGACCUGAAUCAAGGUACAAAACUGCACACAACACUCUAAAGAUGAGACAAUACAUUGCAUGGUAUGGCAAUUAUUUUCUCUCAACUGUUGACAAGAAGUUGCUGACCUAUUAUGUUCUGUUUGGGGCAAAAAAUAUUGUAGCAGUAAUGAGAUUUUAGUGGAAAUCCUUUACAAUAAAUGUACGCUGUCUUCUGAGAUUUGCAAAACUUCCUAUUUAUUCAGUUGCCGUUCAAGAGAUAGAAACGGAAAGAUCUAAUGCCUCUAAGUUACUGCUUUUCACUGAUAGUCUUAUGGAAAUAUUUAGCCUGGUUAUCAUGUCAAAGCAGAAAUAAAGAGCCAGAUUCUCUGCUCUGUGUAGCUCUGUUGACUUCAGUGGAGCUAUGUUGGUUUAUUCCAGCUGAGGAUCUGUAGGAAUAUUUAGAGAUUUCCAAGGGCAAUGUAAUGUUUGUGACUCAUUACAAUUAAAACUGUCUUAGGCUUUCUACCUGUGCAACCACGCUGUGGAUAUCAGUGUCAGUGGCCAUGGUCCCAUGUGAGGGAAUGGGCACUCAGCGUAAUACGGUGAUGGGCAGCAGUAUGAAAAUCUAAAACAGAAAAGAAAACCACCGUGCUGUUAAAAGAAUAUCCCAGUAAUGUGAGUCUCCUGCCUCUUGUGAAGUCCCUGUUUGUGCUGUAUGAAAUGUAGGCGAAAUCUGUGCACGCUGUUUGCCGCUAGUCAUCAUGUUUAAUUAGAACCGUUAACAUGAAUUUUUAAAAUGUCAGUGCUGUUUGUACAGUUUAAUAAAACGUUGGGUACGA